UUUGUUAUUUCACCACCAGUUUCCUCAUGUUUCCUUAAUGCGUCUUGAUCAUGACCGGAAGGCGUGGCCAAAGCUGCCUUGGCCUAAUCUCCUGGGCCCUCUCCCCAGGAGCUCGUGGACGCGCCCCAGGGACAGGAGCGGCACCCGGUGGCGCUCGCAAAAGCGCCUGAGCACGUCGACCUCGACCGGCACUGGCCACCGCUGGGCCAAGAGUGCCUAAAAUGCAUGCCUGGAACUCGGCGGACUUCUUGACGGGCUGCGGUUCGAUCAGGAUGGUCCUGACUCGCUUCUGGGCCGGCUGGCCCUCCUCCUGCUCGUCGCUGCUGCGCCCCCGCUUCCGCUUCUGGGGCUCGGGGGAGGCGUCGCUCUCAUGGGCCGCGGCCCUCCUCGGCUGUGGCUCGUUCGUCACUGCGACGUGUAGCCAGGGUUCUCCGUCGGGCGGCGGGCAGAGGGAGAUGUGGAGGAUGACGACUUGGCCUCCAGCUCCUCUCCACGUCGUGCAGCAGCAGCCAGUUGGGCCUUGAAGUCGUCGGACUUGGCCUCCUGCUCCUCUGCAAGUCGUGCAGCAGCAGCCAGCUGGGCCUUGAGGCCGUCGGACUUGGCCUCCUGCUCCUCUGCAAGUCGUGCAGC